GUAAGUGGCUCCGGCCGUGCACGCCCUGCUGAUCGUCUCACGGCUCCGCUGCGGCCUGCAGCCAGACGUGGGGGACCCACGGGGCCCACGGUUGCUCUCCUCAAGAGUGUUUUUCCAAGCAGUGGGAUCCAGGACCCGAGUCAGUCCCACUCCCGACCCCACACCCUGUCUGCGCUCGGAGGGGCGCACCCCACUGCAGGACCUGAUCUUCGCGGGGGGCGACAUUCUGCACCUGUCUGGGAGGAACUCAGGAUGGACAUCACCCCGGGCCUCCCAGCCAUCGACAGCCGUAGGGACCUCCACAUAUGGAUCAUCGAGAACCUGAAGAUGGUGCCCGUACCCGAGAGGGCUUAUGGGAACUUCUUCGAGGAACACUGCUACAUUAUCCUCCACGUCCCCCAGAGCCUGAAGACCACCCAGGGGGCAGCCAGAGACCUGCACUAUUGGGUUGGAAAGAAGGCCGGUGCAGAGGCGCAGGGUGCUGCCGGCACCUUUGUGCAGCACCUACAGGAGACGCUGGGUGGCGCCACAGUGCAACACCGAGAAGUACAAGGCUACGAGUCCGACUGUUUCCGCAGCUACUUCCACCCAGGAGUCGUCUACAGGAAGGGAGGCCUCGCCUCUGCCCUCAAGCACGUGGAGACCAACACGUACAACAUCCAGCGACUGCUGCGUAUCAAAGGGAGCAAACAUGUGUCCGCCACCGAGGUGGAGCUCUCCUGGAACAGCUUUAAUAAGGAUGACAUCUUCCUGCUGGACCUGGGCCACGUGAUGAUCCAAUGGAAUGGGCCCAAGAGCAGCAUUUCCGAGAAGGCACGGGGCCUGGCCCUGACCUGCAGCCUCCAGGCCAGGGAGCGCGGUGGCCGUGCACACGUCGGUGUGGUGGAUGAUGAGGGCCAAGCCACUGACCUCAUGGAGAUCCUGGAAGCUGUGCUGGGCCGCAGAGUGGGCAACCUGUGUGCCUCCAUGGCCAACAAGAGUAUUAGCCAGCUGCAGAAGGCCAAUGUCCGCCUGUACCAUGUCUACGAGAAGGGUGAAGACCUGGUGAUCCAGGAGUUGGCAACCCGUCCGCUGACCCAAGACCUACUGCGUGAGGAGGACUGUUACAUCCUAGACCAGGGGGGUUUCAGGAUCUACGUGUGGCAGGGACGCAUGUCUAGCCUCCAGGAGAAAAGGGCUGCCUUUAGCCGGGCUCUGGGCUUCAUCCAGGCCAAGGGCUACCCGACCUACACCAACGUGGAGGUGGUGAACGAUGGCGCCGAGUCUGCCGCAUUCAAGCAGCUCUUCAGGACGUGGUCUGUCAAGCAGCACAGAAACAGGAACCGUGGUGGGACAGGUGGGAUGGGUAAACUGAGUCAAGUAAAGCUGGAUGUGAGCAAGCUGCACAGCCAACCUGAAUUAGCGGCUCAACUCAGGAUGGUGGAUGACUGUUCCGGGAAGGUGGAGGUGUGGUGCAUCCAGGACAUAAGCAGGCAGCCCGUGCACCCCAAGCUUCAUGGACAGUUGUAUGCAGGCAACUGCUACCUUGUCCUCUACACAUACCAGAAGAUGGGCCAAGUCCAGUACAUCCUAUACCUAUGGCAGGGCCACCAGGCCACCAAACACAAGAUAAAGGCCCUGAACAGCAAUGCUGAGGAGCUGGACCUCAUGUACCACGGGGCCCUGGUGCAAGAGCAUGUGACCAUGGGCAGUGAGCCGCCCCACUUCCUCGCCAUCUUCCAGGGCCAGCUGGUGGUCUUCCAGGGAAGCACUGAGCACAGCGGGAAGGGGCCGCCAGCAUCUGCCACGAGGCUCUUCCACGUGCAAGGCACCGACAGCUGCAACACCAGGACCAUGGAGGUGCCAGCCCGGGCCUCAGCCCUCAACUCCAGUGACAUCUUCUUGCUGGUCACAGCCGGCAUCUGCUACCUCUGGUUUGGGAAGGGCUGCAGCGGUGACCAGCGUGAGAUGGCACGGAUGGUAGUCACUGUCAUCUCUGAGAAGAACAAGGACAUAGUGAUGGAGGGUCAGGAGCCUCCUCAAUUCUGGGAGGCCCUGGGAGGCCGGGCUCCCUACCCCAGCAACAAGAGCCUCCCGGAGGACGUCACCAACUUCCAGCCACGACUGUUUGAGUGCUCCAGCCCAAUGGGUCACCUGGUCCUCAGCGAAAUGGUGUUCUUUAGCCAAGAGAACCUGGACAAACAUGACAUCAUGCUACUAGACACCUGCCACGAGAUCUUCCUGUGGCUUGGGGAAGCUGCAAGUGAGCAGAAGAAGGCUGUGGCCUGGGGCCAGGAGUACCUGAAGACCCACCCAGCAGGGAGGAGCCAGGCCACACCCAUCGUGCUGGUCAAGCAGAGCCAUGAACCUCCUACCUUCACUGGAUGGUUCUUCACUUGGGACCCCUACAAAUGGACCAACAAGCAGUCUUAUGAAGAGGUGGUGGACGGCAGCCUGAGAGCAGUAGCUGCCAUCUCUGAGAUAACAGCAGAAGUCCACAACUUCCGGCUGUCCAGAUGGCCAAGCAAUGGCGGGACAGGCCCCUUGGCCCUGCAGGCCCUCAAGGGCUCCCAGGACAGCUCAGAAAAUGAGCUGGAGCUGGGCCCCAAUGGGGGCGGCACCAGCGCCAGCGCCAGCGCCAGCAGCUACCACAGCAGCCCCGGAUCCAUGAUCAACGGGGGCCUGCCCCGCGAGCAGCUGAUGCACCAGGCCGCCGAGGACCUGCCAGAGGGAGUGGAUCCGGCCCACAAGGAGUUUUACCUCUCAGAUGCUGACUUCCAAGACAUCUUUGGGAAGUCUAAGGAGGAAUUCUACAGCAUGGCCAAGUGGAAGCAGCAGCAGGAAAAAAAGCAGCUCGGCUUCUUCUGAGCCCAGACCCUGCUCCUGCCAGUGCCACCCACAAAGCCAAGGCCCCAUGGGUAACACCCCCACACAUAACUGAGCCCCAGGGGAGCCUCCUGGGUCACCCCCCAUCAAUAAAAG